AUGCCUAUCAUUAGUGAUGAUUUUCGCAUCGAUAAUAUCUCUCAGGACGAAACUGUGUACCAGCGAUGUCUGAUUAUUAAAGGCUGGUGCAAAUCAGCCGGAGAAGCCGGUUUCCUCACUGUUCAGAAUCUGGAUGCAGAUGGUUUCCAGAACUUCUCACAGCUGAGCCACCCGAUCAUCGAAGGUCGCUUCACCUUCAUUACCAUGCUCACCCCUGGAAUCAAUCAGCUCUUCAUCUGUCGGGGUAGCCAUUACGGUAACAUGGCGCCCGUUCCUUCUACCGAGCAGCUGGUUGUCUGUAUCAACUACGUCCCAUUGCUGCAGUGCCCGCCCCUCCAUCUUGCCAUCAUGAUCGCCAAGGACUCUCCUCUGCUCAUUGACUGCCCUCCAAAUCUCUCGGGAGAUCAUUCAUCACUGGAUGCUGUGAUUGCCAAGUUCUGCACCACUGCGUACAUGUGGCAGGCCCUCACAGCAGAAGAUAUGCGAAUGAAAGGGCUUGGCCGCCGUUCCUUUCGCCUAGAGGAGGGUGGAACUGAUUCCAUUAGCCAACAGUUCAAGAAUAGGCAGGGCCAGAAUUUGCUGCAUGCUAAUGGCUCCACGCGUUCGAUGGCAAAGGUCCAUCUAGUCUGGUCAGAUAAGACGAUUGCGGAACUAAGCGACCCUAACAUUGCUCAGCAGAAUCCUCAUGCGACUGAGAAGAAUAAGUUAUUCGAGUACUUCCUUGAUGCGCUCAAGCAGUACGGCGCACCAUUCGAACCGUCCAGUCGGCCCGUUGUUGCGGGUCUAAUCCUCGACUCUCAUUACUCGGCUGACAAGAAUCUCAUCCUAGGCCAUGCCGCGUUGGGAUGCUAUAACCCCUGGAACAUCGCACUGGGGAUGUUUGGCAGCCAUCUUACGUACAGCUGGCCACGUUCAAUAGAGGAAAUUAACUCCUGUUUACUCGAUACGCGCUGUCCAGGACCUACCGUUGGAAACGACAAUGGUGAAUGCGCCAGCAUGUGGGAGGCCUGCGCGAUCGGCCAGGGGGCCUUUUUACACGAAGUUGGCCAUGCCUUUGGCGCACCGCAUACCACUGGAAUUAUGAGUCGUGGCUAUGGCACAGCACUGGCCCAGGAACUUCUUGGCCAAAACUGCGUAUUGCAGACGGAGAAUAAUGCGCGCUGGGAUCUUCGUGAUGCGCUAUCAUUCAGGCUAUUCCCGCACUUCUGGAUUCCGGGCGACGAAUAUUUAGAACCAGAUGUCCGGACUGAGACACCUCGUGCUACUGCCGCUGGGCAGGAGGCGGAUGACGGCGCCGGACAAUGCAUCAAACUGUCCUGUCGAGCGGGGAUUGCACAGAUAACAUUCAACGAUGAUGGGAAUCCCGAACCCUCUCCCACCGUGACGUCUCCAGCCAAGGAAGUUAUCUUCACGAUGAAACAGAUUCAAUCCCGCUUCCCCCGCAAACAUAGCCACAACAAACCCCUGAAACUAACUAUGCUUGGCAUGAAUGGCAAAACUGGCACGGUCCGCGACGUCUGGCGCCUCUUUGACUCCAUGAGUGUCAUCACAAUCCCCGGUUCCAAGGUUGUGUUAACGAAACAAUCUAUUCGGUGCCCUGAUAUGGAGGUUGGAGAUCCGGAUCCCACACUUGUCUGGACUUGGGCAACGUUAUUAACGAAACCGAGAGGCAAAGAUGCCAAGGCAUCCGGCGGCCGCAUGAAACUUGUCAAGUCCAUUGAUGUCCGAACGGGGAUGUUUUUGGAUGGCUUGUAUGUUGAUUUUGAGGAUGGGGAGCGGGUAAACUGUGGGCCACGACUGAACCCCUCUGGAGGCGAGCAUUUGUUUGGCGGGCAUGCCGCCGAGGUGGUUGAUAUUAUUCCUAGUAGUAGUGGGAAGGGUGACGGGCGGGUUGAUUAUGGGAGUCGAGAGAUUGUGAAGAUUCAGGUGGCGAGGCGCGACGAUGUGCUUACUGGAUUGAGAAUUCAUUUGAAGGAUGGGACGGAGGGUGGUCGGUUAAGUGGAUUUGAGGGGCAUGUGGAGGAAAGGUGUGUGCUUGAACCACCACCGGGACACCGCAUCGUUGGUUUCUUCGGAAGCAACUGGUGGGGUUGUUCGUUCAAUGCAAUAUUCGAGUUUGGGAUCCUUACAGCACCGCGUGGUGUGGAGCUGCCCGAGGCUGUGUAUGGGAUGAAGGAAUUAAUGAAUACAGACGGGGGACACGCUGUGAGUUAA